UUUCUCUUCCAAAAUUUCAAAAUUCCAAUGCAAAGUUCUGCUCAGUUUUGAGCUUUUGACAACAUACGUUUAUGAUGAGGGAUCUUCAUACCAACAAAAUAGUGAAUAACUCGAGCAAUUGAACUAUAUAAUGCAAAAGUUACUGGAGAGUUAAGAAGUUUUUGUCAACAGUUGUUGAUGGAUGGGGCUUCGAAAGUCAUCGAGAAUGACAAUGUCAGCAUUUGUCCUGUGUGUGAUGAGUUUGUUGAUAAACUGCAACCAAUGGAAGUGCAUGUAAACGCACAUUUUAACGAGGAGAGCACUUCAGAUUUCGAGCCUCUUUCAAAAGAAAAAAUAAAUGAUGAGAUGCUGGCUAGAAUUUUGCAAGAGGAAGAAGAUUUGGAAUACGCUAGACAAAGUCAACAGGGCAAUGAUGAGUUUCAAAAACUGCAACAAACCUAUGGCAUGUGUUCUUCAUCAGAGAAUUCAGAGCAAUGCACUUCAUUGCAACCAAGCUACAAGUGUAGUUCCCAGAAGAAUGAAUUGUUCAGUUUUCAUCUUACCAGCGAAGAUACGACAUGUACCACAGGUGUUUUAGAAAGUCUACAAAAGAAUCUCCAAGCAACAGGACCACAUCCAAGAUAUUCUUUUCAUUUCUGUUGUGCAACAGAUCAUUUUUCAAACAGCUAUUUUGAUCGCAGCUGGGGUUGUGGUUACAGAAACUUGCAGAUGUUACUUUCCGCAUUGAUUCGAUUGGAUGUGUAUAAAAAUACACUUGCCAAAAUUUGUCAAAAAGUUCCAUCAAUUCCAACCAUUCAGAUGUGGAUUGAAAAUGCAUGGCAUCAUGGAUUUGAUGUACAAGGUGCUGCACAACUUGGUCACAAACUAUUGAAGAGAAAGAAAUGGAUAGGAGCAACGGAAAUUGCUGUUUUCUUGAGGUUCAUUGGCAUAAAAUCAAUUAUCGUUGAUUUUCACCGUGCGACGGAAUCUGACGGAACACAUCCGUUGAUGUACGACUGGUUCAAAGAAUACUUCUCUGGAAGUUCGCAUCAGACUCCUGUUUACAUACAGCAUCAAGGUCAUAGUCGUCUGGUUGUUGGUUACGAAGAACAUCACGCAAAAACGAGAACUCCAAGUUUAAUACUUUUUGACCCGUCGUCUUCAAAAGAACAGAUGCAAAAACUCAUCAAAGUUAAAAAAACAGCGUCAAGUUUUAGUUUUCUUAAAAAGACACCGAAGCAGAUGAAAUCGAAGCAAUAUCAGCUUGUGUAUGUCGAUGGAUUGAUAAACGAAGAUGAAAAGGAGGCCCACAAACUGCUGACGUCAACGCGAAUUCCGUGAUAAUGAAGUUUUAUUGAACAAUUUGAUAUUUUCUAGUGGUUUAUUUUGUAAUUUUAGAAGUACAAGAAUCUAC